CAGAGGAAGAGGAAGAGACACAACACGAGGACAGGCACAGCACGAGUACAAGGGAUACACCCACGACAGCUGCGAGCAGCACGACGAGCAAGCAAGAUACCAAGGCGGCAGCAGCAGCAAUGACAGACAGCCGGGCGCAUGUGCGCGCUGCCAUCUCGACCAUUCGCACAACCGUCGAGCUGUUUGGGUUCAGUGGCACGUGCCUGAGCUUCAACGGUGGCAAGGACUCGACGUUGUUGCUUCACUUGGUCAUGGAGGCGUUUCCGGACGACUACAGGAACAUUACCUUUGUGUACUUUAGGCAAGAACAUGAGUUUCCACAAGUGGAGGACUUUAUCGACAUGUGCGAUCGCAGGUAUGGGCUGUCACUGCAACACCUUGGCUCGUCAUAUGGCACAGCACUGGAAGGCCUUCUCUCCCAGACGAGUAUCAAGGCCAUCUUCAUGGGCACGCGGCGCGGCGAUCCAAAGGCAGACACUCUUGAGACAUUCGCUCCCAGCGACCCGGGCUGGCCCACGUUCAUGCGUGUGCAUCCCGUGUUGGACUGGACGUAUGCGCAGGUGUGGGAAUACCUGCGCGACAAACCUUACUGCAGCCUCUACGACAAGGGGUACACAUCGAUUGGCAACAUGCUGAACACGGUGCCAAACCCGCGGCUGCGGCUGGACGACGGGUCCUUUCUUCCGGCGUACAUGCUGGAGGAUGGAGGAUUGGAGCGAUGUGGACGCGAAGCGAAGAAGAAGAUGACAACAGCUGCACGCGUUGACGGUGGUGCUGGUGAUGGUGAUGGUGCUGGUGAUGGUGAGAGCGAGAUGGACGGCGAGUUGAGGACGAUGGUGCACGCGGCGUCUCAGACAUCAAAGCGACCGUCAAUAACGCGAACAGUUGCGUCCACCAAGCCGUUCGGCUCCCUCGCUGGUGCUGGCACAGCAGCAGCAUCAUCAACGCCAACGUCAUCAUCAUCAUCAUCAUCAGCAUCAUCAUCAUCGUCGUCGUCGUCGUCGUCGUGUGGAUGUGCGAGUGUGUCGUCGCUCGUUCUGCUUGGUAGCGCCGUUGCUGUCGUGUCCGCUGUUGUCUCCUCAGUUCUCACGCGCAGGCUCUACCUCCCGCAGCACUAACAAGACUACUAACAAGCCCGCUCACUCAUGGUGGCGGUGGUCGUGGUCGUCGUGGUGAUCGGUGCUGGCCAUAGUCGUCAUUUUAGCGGUGCUGGCGUGAUUGAGAAUGAUGUUACAUGUCACAUGACAUGACAUGACAUGCAACUUUACGUGUUGACUUUCCCUCUCUUUUCUUUUCUGUCCUUUUCUUUUCGUUUUCCGCUCUUCUUUCCGUCUUCAUGGAGUGUGUACCCGCGCAUGUUUGAGUGCCAACAGAUUCACAGGCAAGCAAUAAACAGACCCCA